GCACUUGCGCAGAAGAUAGAAUAUAAAGGUAAACGUACAGGUAAAUGCACGCAAGUGAUCCUACAAACACACACAAGUGUCACAAGUCAUCAUACAAAUACACACAAGUGAUCGUGGCUUAUUCGCAAUCACCCGUUCACAAUGGCACGAACUCUUGUGACACAGGCCUUUAGGCUUAGUAUAGGUUUACCCUCUACCCCAUGGAAUCACACUCGGUACAGUGUAUUUACAAGGCUCAGUGCGGCACAGGCACAUUCUGGCCGCACACUCACCUCCUGUGCACACACCCCGUCAAACAAUGAAACAGACGAGUUCACACGACACAGCAAACACUACACAGUACGAGCCAUUGGGCGCAAGAGUGCGUGUGAGAUCACCUGCAACACAGGCCACACACUGGCCACCGACGUCCCAAAGACAAUGGGCGGGUCCGAUGCCGCACCCCAACCGGUCGAGCACUUACUGGCAGCACUGUGUGGGUGCGCACAGGCCACGGCGACUUUCGUGUCACGCAUGAUGACGCCCAGAGUGGCCAUUGACCGCAUUGAGUUCAAUGUGCGUGCCACGAGAGACAGCAGGGGGGCCCUUCAGCUGCCCAUUGACGCUGUGCCCGAUGUGCCGUCGCGUUUGCACACAGUGGAAGGGACGGCAACGGUGGUCAUGGCUCAGGGGAAGGCAAUGACAGCGCGGCAGUUGCAAAUUUUUGGUACUCAGGUGGAGGCUAGAUGUCCUGUGGCCAAUAUGCUGCAGGCCAGUGGCUGUCGCUUACGAUUCGAGUGGGUGGCAGAGAGUGCCUGAAUGGUCGCACCUUUGAAUGCACUGAAUGGGGUGGCGUGACGUUAUAAUGACAUGUGGCUGUUUGUUCUCAUUCGAUUGCAAGGGCGUGCGAAAUAUAGCGUUAGAGUCUUGAGUCUCAUUUAUAUUUGGCAUCACUCGUGCCCGGGCCCUAUUGGCCGAGUGCCUGACCUCACUACGAGAACCAUAGCACUAGAGAUAUUCAACCGCAGCUACUGUGUGUUGCCUUUCCGGGGCAAAAUGCACAAUGGCGUGCACGUGCAACUCUUGUACUUUCGGCAGUUGUUGCUUGCGUAGUGGUAGUUGUUAGUGUAACAUCUGAUGAUCUGCCUGUGUAACAUCUAAUGGUCUGCCUGUGUAACAUCUAAUUAAUCUGCCUGUGUAAAAUCGAAUGAUCUGCCUGUGGUGAUGUGCAGACAGGUGCCACUGCGGUUCUGAGUGUUGCAGGAACGAAAGCACCUGCACCAGAUGUCAUUCCUAUCGAACCAAUGCGCUGUGUUUGGAUUAACUUUGUCAGUAACUUCUAUCGACAUCCAUGGGCUGGAGCUGCUCUAUCGAGGUGCCCAUAAAGGUAAAUCAAAUAUAUGUUAGAAGGCAGGCACAGCACCCCAGGUGUAUCUGUCCAUACGCCUAGUUAGACGGUUUAGCGUUGGAGCUGUACAAUUGCACAGAGAGGACAAUCUAAGAAUCAAUCGAACGACAUGUCACCUCAGUGCGAUGUGUUCAAUAAAGUGCCCACAAGUCAGUACCCUC